CUGGCUCGGCCCGUGCCAUUGUCCACUUAUGUGCCACCGAAUCAACUUCCGGACUAUCGCCGAGCUCGCAGUGCCAACAGAAGAUCUGUGAAACUCCUUGUGGAUGCGAAAACACCGGCUCUGAACAAUGAGCAUGAAAUCCGUUCCAACGUAAGCACAAAAGUGCGCCACAUACUCUGCGUCGAGGGCAGCAAGGAGCGAAAACAUCCACGACCAGAAGUUCCGAACUUCCAUAAACUUCAUGAAGAGAUGGAGGAGCGUUUGAAAAAUGCCCCUCACAAAGCUGUGACUGUACCAAGACCCUUCCAUUUGAGCGAGUCAGCACAGCAUCGUCACGAACAGUGCAAAUCGACUUCACCACCACGAAAUAGGACCAAGUACACCAGGAAGGACACGAAAAAUGAGGUCGUAGUGCGUUCCACUCAUUCCUCAAAAAUUCGAAUGGAAGCGAUUAGGCAACGAGAGCAGAAGCUAUAUGAGGAGCGCCAUAAGUCGCAGAAGUUCUGGGAAGAAAGAAAGGAUGAGAUGGAUAUGAGCCGGAUGAAAUUAUUGUCUUCGAUAGGAUCGCUAAAUAACGUCCAUGAGGAUAUCGAAAGGAAAACUGCAGAGAAGAGGAAGCAUAUACAGGAAACAACCAAGGAAUACGAGAGGUACUUAGCCGAAAUGCAGCAAAGGUCUUAG